AUGACGAUCAAGAUAUGUUUACGACAUUCAAAUCCUCGUCUAGAUGAACUACGAUAUACAUCGGUAUGCCCUGGUAGUGGGUGCAAAUUACUCUAUUCUGCAUCAUGUUAUAGAAGGGAAGAAUUAUGGGACACCAUACAGUCUUCUUCCCAAAAUGAUAACAGUCGGUGUAAAAACAACUGUAAAGAAGCUGAUGCAAAAUAUCAAUAUAGUGGAACACGGGUCAGAUAUUGCUAUUGUGGGAAAACGGAACCGUCUGCGUUUGACAAAGUUGCUGAUAAUGAAUGUACUUAUAGAUGUCCAGGUAACAAUGAAGACAUUUGUGGAGGAUAUGACCACAAUUUUGAUUAUAAUCUGCUUACUGUCUCAACAAUAGAUCGAACAACUGAAACUGUGACCACCGGGAAAAAUAUCCAAGAGACUAGUGCAACAGCUGUGUCUACAAGAGUCUCAGCGAUGACAGAGUUCAUGAACAUGAUAACUAGCGACACAUCCUCGUCAUUUUCUACAAACUUCACGCCUUUUACUACACAUGAUGAAUCCAGUACCACAUCUGGAAAUGCAAAUAAUUAUAUUUCACCUAUGUGGACUGAGACAUCAACACAAGAAACAACAGCUGAACAACUGAAAAUCAUUGAUGUCGAAGUGAUCAUGCCAGCAUGUACAUGUACUAAUGGGAACGGUUUAGAUGAAGAAGAUAUAUUUCACUGUAACUAUCAGGCCACAUCUAGCGAGAACAUCACUUUAGCGUGCCAACCUAACACAAGAGGGAGGUUCGUCAGAAUUAAAUGUAAGGAUAUGGAAUCCCUUACAAUUCGUGAAGUAGAUGUUAACGGCGACCAGGUGAACAGCACCAAUGAAUCAGGUCAAUCAAGUACUGCUUAUGCAUGUGGCCAUUCCAGGUAUGGAUUUGUCAGUCCGAUCAUAGGGACAUCUGUAGCGAGCAGUUACAUCGAUUGUACAAUAAUGUGCUUCACAAUUACAGCCUGUGCUGCUGCAGAGUAUGAUAAGGACGCAAAUGUCUGUACACUGAAAGGUGAAUGUACGAAUUAA